AGUGACGCAGAGGCUCUGUUUCCUGUUUACGGGCGGGAAGAGCGAAACAGGCGCAGAUCAGAGACCUGAAGCUCAACAAACAUCUGUGUAGAUCUGACUCGAGUCAUGCCCCGGAGUCUGGUCUGACGCUGUGGACCGUCACAGAUCCACCGGGACUCGCCGGGACUCACCGGGACCCACCGGGACUCACGGAGCGGGACCCACGGAGCGGCUGAGGCGCAGGGUGUUUGUGCAGCUCCAGAUGGACGCUCCUCCCGCAGACUCAGGCGGAGGCGCUGCGGAGGACGAGGAGGUGCACGUGCAUCAGGUCCGUGUACCGAGCGGAGCCGGCCCUCUGCGGCUCCUGGAGUUUAAAGUGAGAGCCGGCUCUCUCAUAAACGUGGACUCGGUGCUGGCUCUGGCCGUGCCCGCGGAGCGCGCGGCCGCGGGGGAGGGCAUCAGGCUUCAGGAGAAGAAGCUGAAGGCGGACCGCGCGGGGGUGGUGCGGGAGCUGUGCUGUCAGCCCGGACAGGUCGUUCCUCCAGGCGGUGUGAUCGUCAGAAUGGAGGAGUGCAGUCACCCCAUUGUGAUGAAAGGACUGUGCGCCGAGUGUGGCCAGGACCUGACACAGUUACAAAGCGCAAACGGGAAACAGCAGGCUCCCAUCUCCACGGCAACCGUCUCCAUGGUCCACAGCGUCCCGGAGCUGAUGGUCAGCUCUGAGCAAGCAGAGCAGCUCGGUAGAGAAGAUCAGCAGAGACUGCACCGAAACAAGAAACUGGUCCUGAUGGUGGAUUUGGACCAGACGCUAAUCCACACGACAGAACAGCACUGCCACAGGACGUCCAGCAAGGGCAUUUUCCACUUCCAGUUGGGCCGAGCUGAGCCCAUGCUCCACACGCGGCUGCGUCCUCACUGUAAAGACUUUUUGGACAAAAUCACCAAACUCUACGAACUCCACGUCUUCACAUUCGGGAGUCGGCUCUAUGCACACACGAUUACAGGUUUCCUGGAUCCUGAAAAGAAGCUGUUUUCUCAUCGGAUCCUGUCCAGAGACGAGUGCAUCGAUCCUUUCUCCAAGACGGGAAAUCUUAGAAACCUGUUUCCCUGCGGAGACUCGAUGGUUUGUAUCAUCGACGACCGUGAGGACGUCUGGAAGUUUGCACCAAACCUCAUCACUGUGAAGAAAUACACAUAUUUUCAGGGCACAGGGGACAUCAAUGCGCCCCCUGGCUCACGGGAGGCUCAGGCGCACAAGAAAGGAAGUGCUUUGAGCCGUCUGACCGAGAGCGGCGAGCCUUCGGGAUCAACAGAUGAACAAAACAACGGCGUCAGCAGAAAAACUAAGGAGCACGGCAAGAACGAGCCUACAAGUUCAACUCAGGGAAAAUCCACAAACGAAGUAGCGCAUCCACCUGCCUCUGGAGGAGACGUUUCAGCUCAGGGUAAAGACGCAGAGACAGAAGUAAGAGAUGGAACUGGGAACACGGAGGACUCUAAGAACACCAAUGCCAACUCAUCCACACCUGACCACAAAACGAAUAAUCUGGACUUUGAUCUUUCCAGUGACAGCGACAGUGACUCCAUAUCAGAAAAACCUCCCAAAACAGACAGUGAGAGUGAAAACACGGCGACAAAAGACGGGAAUUCUAAACAGGAAGAAGAAGAGGUUUCGAAGGAAGGUGACACUAAAGCUGGGAAUAGCUCGGAGCAUGUGGAACUUCCAGACACAAAUUUAGACAAUGGCUGCUCCGAUAAACUAGAACCAGAAACAGAAUCUCAAAACAGCGAGCAAUCAGGUGUGACCACGGGGGCGGAGCUUUUAGACCACAACAUGGAGGAGGAGGAGGACACCGACCAGGACGAUCACUUGAUAUAUUUAGAGGAGGUGCUAGAGAGGAUCCACGCGGAGUACUAUGCACGCUACAACCACUACCUGAAAAAGGAAGUGCAAGAAAUGCCGGACAUUCGGAGGAUUGUGCCAGAGCUGAAAGGAAAAACGCUGGAGGGAACGACGGUGGUGUUCAGCGGGCUGUACCCGACCAACUACCCCAUGGAGAGGACGAGGGAAUAUUACCACGCUAAAGCACUAGGGGCAAACAUCGGCAAGAGCCUUAUCCUCAAAGCUCAGGAUCCGAACCAGACGACACAUCUCAUAGCAGCACGAGCAGGCACAGAGAAAGUCCGUCAGGCACAGGCCUGUAAACAGCUCCAUGUGGUGAACCCGGACUGGCUCUGGAGCUGCUUGGAGCGCUGGGAGAGAGUGGACGAGCGACUGUAUCCUCUGAAGGAAGACUACAUCAGGACGCCACGGAGUAAUAGCCCAGCGGCGUUUAUAGAUGCACACGGCUACGUCAAGCAGCCGGUCUUUCAGCCAAUCCCUGUCCAGGCCAGAGCUCCGCCCCCGCCCCCCGAGAUCCGCACGUACGACCCGGUCACGGGGAAACUCAUCCGCAGGGGUCCUCCACCCGCUCGGCCCUCAGCCUACCUCCAGGCCUCACCGUCCGAUUGUUCUACUCUCAGGGGAAGCUCGGACGUCGAGCAGCCGGGGCCGUGUCGCCGAGAUCGCCAGCCGAGUAUGUCCGAAACCAUGCCCCUGUACACGCUGUGCAAGGAGGACCUGGAGAGCAUGGACAGAGAGGUGGACGACAUUCUGGGAGAGGACAGUGACAAUGAUGAAAGUGAGAGCCAAACGAAGGAGAGAGCGAAAAAAGACGAGUGCAGACAGACGAGAACAGGUCUAUCAUCAGGGCCGGGACCUCAGGCGCCGGGACCUCAGGCGCUGGGUCCAGAGGAGCAGAGCCAGCCAACAGCCAGCACAUCCACAGAGAGGCAAUCACACAGCCAAAGGGGCCACAAACGCAAACACGAUGAAGAGGAGGAGGAAGAGGAAGGAGUGAGGGCGGGCUCUGAUGAAGAGUCCUCCAAAGACUCUAACGAGGAAGAAGACGACAGCGGCUCAGAGGCCGAUGAAAUGGCGGCGGCUUUAGAGGCAGAACUCAACGACUUCAUGUAAAAAUCAAAUCAGGAAAUGAACUAAAAUGAAAAAAAAAAACAUUUAAGAGGUACAAAGGAUAUUUUUCUGAACUUGUGUAUGUGUGUGUGUGUGUGUAUGUGGGGGGGUGUGUGUGUCUGAGAGCUGUGUGUGUGUGUGUGUGUGCGUGUGAAUGUGUGUUUGAGAGCCGGGUGUGUUUGUGUGUUCCAGAGCCAUGUGUGUUUGUGUGUGUAUGUGUUUGUGUGUGUGCGAUUGUUGUACAGUUGUGUGUAAAUAAACAUAGUUUUGUAGUGUUGUUUAUGAUGAAAAACUUUUUGGAAAAACGUUUUGACGUUUUAUUGUGACAAAAACAAUAGAAGAAAAGAUUUGAUACGUUUGUUUUACUUUUCCUGAAGUCAAUUUUUAUAUUGAUUUAAAAAAUAAGAAAAUAAAUAUAAAAAGUGACAUAAAAAUAUUAAAGACGCAGCUGGUUGAAAAGCCAAAGAAUUUUGAAAAAGUGUCACAGACGUGCAGCUAAAUAUUUUAUUACAAACCUGUUUUUGGGCAAAAGUUUGGCUCAAACUGUGGCUCUUUGUGUCACGUUUGGUCCAUGUUUGGCUCAAACUGUGGCUCUUUGUGUCACGUUUGGCUCAAACUGUGGCUCUUUGUGUCACGUUUGGUCCACGUUUGGCUCAAACUGUGGCUCUUUUGUCACGUUUGGUCCACGUUUGGCUCAAACUGUGGCUCUUUGUGUCACGUUUGGUCCACGUUUGGCUCAAACUCUCAAACUGUGGCUCUUGUGUCACGUUUGGUCCACGUUUGGCUCAAACUGUGGCUCUUGUGUCACGUUUGGUCCACGUUUGGCUCAAACUGUGGCUCUUGUGUCACGUUUGGUCCACAUUUGGCUCAAACUGUGGCUCUUGUGUCACGUUUGGUCCACGUUUGGCUCAAACUGUGGCUCUUUGUGUCACGUUUGGUCCACGUUUGGCUCAAACUGUGGCUCUUUUGUCACGUUUGGUCCACGUUUGGCUCAAACUGUGGCUCUUGUGUCACGUUUGGUCCACGUUUGGCUCAAACUGUGGCUCUUUUGUCACGUUUGGUCCACGUUUGGCUCAAACUGUGGCUCUUGUGUCACGUUUGGUCCACGUUUGGCUCAAACUGUGGCUCUUGUGUCACGUUUGGUCCACGUUUGGCUCAAACUGUGGCUCUUGUGUCACGUUUGGUCCGUUUCUUUGUGAUGCUGUUGUUUUUUAUGACGUUGCUGCACUAAAGACUCAAAAACACUUUGCAUUUACACAUUUACAGAACUGUCUCUGUCCUGGUUUAUAUUUUGCCAAAUAUUUUUCUAAAUCGUGACGUUUUUAUCAGCAGAUUUCAUGACCUCAGGGUCAGACUCUUCACAAAUAUAAGAAUCAUUGUUUUAUCAUGAAAUAUGAAGUUUAAAGAUUGAACCAGACAGAACCUCAGGCCCAGUGCAGCCUCAGGCCCUCAGCUCUGAGCUGAAGUUUGUUCUGGUCCGGUUCAGUUUGUUCUGGUCCGGUUCAGUUUGUUCUGGUCCGGUUCAGUUUGGUGUUUGCUCUAAACACUUGUAUAUUUGGUGUUUGCUUAUUUAUUUUGUGCAAAAACGUAGUCAUGGCAACCAGACCCUCGACAAAGGCGAAGUUUGAGUUAAUUCGUUUGGGUUUUUUCUCGUGGUUCUGUUUAAACGACUUCGGGUCAUCGUUUAAAGAUGGACGCCGGGCUAAAAAACUGAAUUAUCUGAUUAAUGCGACAUAUUUACGUCUCCGUGUUACAUUUAAAAUGAACAAGUCAAAUGUUAAGUUUCAGUUUCAUUUUAGACUCCUCCCCUUUGCUCCCUGUGCUAAGUCCCUCCCCCUGCAGAGCGCUGUCACAACAGUCAACGAGCACCCCACUAAUGAAACUACUGCACAUCGCACCAGGUUUGUGAAGUCAUAGUGUAUUGUUUGCAAGUAUGAAAAAGGGCCUUGUCGACUUGUGGGCGGAGCCUUGUACAUGGUUUGAAUAGAGCUCGAGAGAGAGAGAGAUCGCUAGAUUACUCAGACCUGCAUGGAUGACAUUUAAAACCUCUUCAGACGUGUUUUUGACGUGUUUUGAUGAGGAAAGUUGUGACGCCUCCUCUAAAAGCGUCUCGAUCGAUGAGCUUCACAGACGCCGUUUGUAAUCGUCCAGAAUUAUACAGGUCCUUUCUGUUUGAUCAACUUUCCUUCUCCUCUAUUUUUCUUCUCUUUUUCCUUCUUCUUCACUCAAAUCCCAAAAUACAAACUAAACAAAGCCAAACCAAACUGAGCCGCUCCAGAGCACAGUCCUCGACUUUGUGCUGUUGUGUUUCUUUUCUUGCUUUUAUGUGUUUGUUUCUAUAGAAGAAAAGAGCUCAUGUCCUCCACCGACUCGUAUCUGUUUUAUUUUCUUCAAACACACAUCUUUUCUCCAAAAACACACGUUUUCUCCAAAAACACACGUUUUCUCCAAAAACACACAUGUACAGUGUUUGUAAAGUGUUUCCCAUUUGGCCCAGCGACAAAAUCUCAACAAAUAAAUCUGUGGUUUGAACCUCG